GCCUGCCCUGUGUGAGUCCAUCAGUGAGUCAUCAUCUUUCUCAGGAUAUUCAGUCCACAGUUUCAGCAGAACUUUGCUCAGUGUGAAGAGGAGUUCAGUUUCUCCUCUUUAGGCGCGGCAGGAUCGACAGCAGGCUUUUCCACCUGUGGUAACUCAGAGCAAAGCCAGACAUCCUUCAGGAUCACACGAUGAGGAGCGGAUUGAGGCUCUGUGUUCUGGGCCUGCUGUGCCUUCACAGCUCAGUAUUUGGGCAGGAUGCAGUACAGGUCUUUUGUGACGACUCAUCUGUAGAGAAGGCCGUCCACAGCGCCGUGAGCAAGUUCAACGAGGGGAUGAGCACCGGACACAUCCUGGCUCUCUAUCAGAUACAUUCAGCCAGCAAGUCCGAGGACGGCUCAGACUCAGUGUUCUUGCUGGAGUUCACAAGCAGGGCGAGUGACUGCCUAGCUGGAGACAGCAAAGCCUGGACAGAGUGCGAAUAUCUGCCUCAUGGACACAAGGAUCCAUUUUCCUGCAAUGCCACUGUCCGCAUGACAGGGACUGAAGCAGACACCACACAGGUGGACUGCCAGUUGGAUCGUUUAAUCACUGCAGGGAGAGCUCCUUGUAUGGGCUGCCCGGAGGAAAUUGAUGAGAACGCGGAGGACAUUAAAGUACCCAUUUCAGUCUCCAUCUCCAAGUUCAACUCCAUGUCUAACUCCACUCACCUGUUUUCCCUGCACAAUGUCGGCCCUGCCACCAGACAGGUUGUCGCAGGUUUGAGGUACAAACUGUCGUUUGAUAUGAGGAAGACGAUUUGUGCUAAGGCUGAACACAAUGAGCUCAGUGAAAUAUGUGUCCAUGAUGAUACGAACAAGGAGUUUGCUUACUGUAACUCUACAGUGGAUACAGCACCAUGGAGACUCGAGCCUCCACAGGCCAAUAUAGAGUGUGAAUCAGGGGCGAUGCCCUCGUUUUUCCACAGGCGUCGUCCUCCCGGCUGGUCUCCGCUCAGAGGUCAAAAUGCUAGUCCUUCAGCUACAGUUGCAUCCACGGUACCCCCAGCCAAAGCUUCAAAAACCAAGGAGGAAUCUUCUGAGGAGGUCACCAAAGCCAAACAGUCUGCCUCCAAUAAUGCUGAAAGUACAAACACCUUCCACUGCCCGUCCAAUCCCUGGAAAGCAUUUAGUCCACUUAUGCCGUCUGCAGUAGGCCCAAGUGAUGCACCUGCCGAAGCCGGCUUCAAAGAUUCAGACCUGUUGGGAUAAAGUCUCCCUCCAGGGAACCACAUUCAUAUUCAGAAUAAUCUCACUUUUCAUGCUCUCAGCUGAUUAUUUUUUGUUUAUUUUGUAGACCAUACUCUUUUAGACAGGGUUACAUCAUCCAGGAGGUUACACAAAUCUUAAUCCACUAAAGAUAAGUCAGUACAUUAGAAGGUGGAAAUAGAGAAAGAUACUCAUUUCAGCAGAUUGAAGUGUAGCAAUGGUUUGCAUUGUUUUAUUACCGCAGCAUGUCUUCAAGUGGUUCAAAAAUUUGAAAGGAACAGCCCAUGCUGUUGACUUAAAGAGAUGUAACAAAUGGAGAAGAGUAUGUGUAAAUCUGUCAUCAUCAGAGAAAGCAUUAAAGAGAAUUAAAUAAAA